UGCCAGGCUGAAAGGAGGCUGGGGACCUGGCGUCUGAACACAGGACCAGGUUUCUGGCUGGAGAACACCUGCAUAGCUCCUGUCUCUCUCAUUCCCAGCAGCCUCCACCACUAAUCUAGCCUGUUGACGGCUAGGUCAUCGAAGCUCCCUGAUGGUGGGUAGCGUGUGGGCAGCCCUGGGACUUUCCCUAGCCUGCAUCUCGGCCCUUGGCCUCAUCUCUCCUGCGUGGUUCCAGUCCCACACCUUCUCCUUUGGCGUCCUCACCUACUGCUCCUGGCCUCAGGGUGACAGCUGGAACCAGAGCUGUGGGACCUUCAGGUCCCUGGAUGAUAUUCCUGACUUUGCUUGGAAGGUCUCAGCUGUAAGUCUCCUUGGAGGAUGGCUCUUGUUGGCCUUCAAUGCAGUUCUCCUCCUAGCUUGGGCCCUGGCCCCCAAAAGGCUGUGUCCCAGAAGGGGCAGUGGCCCAAUGCCAGGGGUGCAGGCAGCUGCAGCCACUGUCACCAUUGUGGGUCUGCUGGUUUUCCCCAUCAGCCUGGCCUCUCCAUUUGCCAAGGGAGCCUGUGGAGCCUCCUCUGUGUACCACGGUGGGCAGUGCCAGCUGAGCUGGGGCUAUGUGAUUGCCAUCCUCAGUGCAGUCCUGGCCAGCUUCCUGCCUAUGAUUGGGUGGCCCCACAUGACCAAGGUCCACAGGAGGAUCAUCCUCUUCUCUGGUGACACUGAGAAAAUCAUCCUCAUGCCAGAAAUGAGCAUAUAAAAAUUUCCCAGGAGGAGCAAAAAUAGCCAACUUUAGAGUUGUAUGAAAUCACUACAAAUCCACAUUCAAACCUCACCUCUGCUGCCUCUCUGCUGUGUCACCUCAGGCAAAUCACUUCACCUCUCUGGACUCCCAUGUAUUCUGUAAAAUGGUGGUCUACCUCAAAGGGCUGUUACCAGAAUUAACUUGAGAUGCUGUGUAUAAAUAAAGCCCUUAGUACCAUGUAGGUCCACUGUAUUCAAAGAAUUUCAGCUUAUUAUUAUUAUAAUCCCUACCUCACAAGACUCCUCAAAAGGAGAAUGCCCAGGACAGGGGUGCCCAGCCA